AUGAAUGAGGUGGAUUAUUGCUGGGAACUAAGGAAUACUUUGAACUACUCCAAUGCUGUUUUAAUGGAUUCAUUGCAUGAUUUUCCAUCAGUGUUCUCUCCAGUCAACCGUGAAGAGUUCCAGAGACUUCAGUCUGAUAUUUCAAUUAUAAAAGGGGAGCUUACUCGGCUUAUUGACUUGUUCAGUCAGCCAGGUGGGACUUUACAUCCACAAUUGACUAUAGUGCCAUCCAACAUGGUGGCUCCAGCAGUUCUGGUCCUUUCAGAUGACAAACAGAAGGAAGUAUCAAAUGAGGAAGUUAACAUCCUGUCUAGCUCCCAUUUGGAGGACUUGAAGGGUUCAUUUAGGGCCCAAUCGAUGGGAAAGGAAGCUGUUUCAUUAAAUAAUUCAAAAUAUCCAGCACCAGCACCAGCACCAGCAUGUUCUAAUGUUUUUGAUACAGAUAUGGAGAUAUUUUAUCACAAAGGAGCCAGGCCUAAGGUUAAAAAGACAUAUACAUCAAUCAGGGCUUCCAAUAAAGGUACCAGAAACAAUUGUGAUGGUUCAACGGAUAACCUAGGACAAAAGGUACAUUCUAAUCAUAGAAAUCAAAACAUGGAAGGUAUAAAGAGUACAGACUGCAAUGUGAAUUACAGUCAACAGCCAGCUCUUGUGAAAACACAGUUACAUCACCCUAGAAGGAACCUUAAGCAGAGGUCCCAGCCUGGAAAGGACAUUGAUGACGUUUGUCUCACUCAUGUACUACAACUUCCAUCAGAACAUCACUACCGUCAAACCCCUGAAUGUGACAAAGGAAUACCUACGGCACAUCAGCUGACAGAGCAUCUACCGCCACGUACUCUGCCAGUGAAGGUGUAUGAUGGGCUUUCUCUUACUCCUAAUCCAAGACGACACUCAGGACAUGGUUGCAGCAGGAGCUCUGAACAUGACACAACUAAGAGAUUUCACACACAGAAAGAAAUGCACAAAUGUGCUGAAUGCAAUAAGUCUUUCACAUGUGCCAGCAGCCUGAAAAGGCAUCAAGUCAUUCACACAGGACUGAAACCAUAUAAAUGUACUGAAUGCAGUAAAUGUUUCACACAGCUCAGCAAUCUUCAGGCACACUGUUCCAUUCACACAGGCAUGAAACCACAUAAAUGUACCGAAUGUGGUAUGUCUUUCACAUGGGCCUAUAGCCUGAAAAGGCAUCAAGUUAUUCACCCAGGACUGAAUCCAUAUAAAUGUUCUGAAUGCAGUAAGUGUUUUACACAGCGAAGCCAUCUUCAGGCCCAUCAUGCCAUUCACACAGGCAUGAAACCACAUAAAUGUACUGAAUGUGGUAAGUCUUUCACAUGGGCCUGUAACCUGAAAAGGCAUCAAGUCAUUCACACAAGAUUGAAACCAUAUAAAUGUACUGAAUGCAGUAAGUGUUUCACACGGCUAAGUAGUCUUAAGGUGCAUCGUGCCAUUCACACAGGCAUGAAACCACAUAAAUGUACAGAAUGUGGUAAGUCUUUCACAUGGGCCAGUGGACUGAAAAAGCAUCAAGACAUUCAUACUGGAGCAAAACCAUAUAAAUGUUCCAAAUGCAGUAAGUGUUUCAGCAAACUCAGCAGUCUUCGACAGCAUUAUGUCAUUCACACAGAACUGAAGCGAAAUGAAUGUACCAAAUUUGGUAUGAAGAGUACAGACAGCAAUGUGAAUUGCAGUCAACAGCCAGCUCUUGUGAAAACACAGUUACAUCACCCUAGAAGGAACCUUGAGCAGAGGUCUCAGCCUGGAAAGGACAUUGACAAGUUUUAUGUCACUCAUAUACCACAGCUUCCAUCAGAGCAUCACUGCCACCAAACCCCUGAAUGUGAAAACGGAACACCUGUGACACAUCACCUGACAGAGCAUCUACAGCUGCAAGCUCAGAUGGUGAAGGUGUAUGAUGACCUUCCUCUCUUUCCUACUCCAACACUUCACUCAGGACAUGGCUGCAGCAGGAGCUCUGAAUGUGACACAACUAAGAGAUUUCACACAAAGAAAGAAACACACAAGUGUGCUGAAUGCAACAAGUCUUUCACACGUGCCAGUGCCAUGAAAAAUCAUCAAGCCAUUCACACAAGAUUGAAACCAUAUAAAUGUGCUGAAUGCAGUAAGUGUUUCACAUAUCUAAGCAACCUUCGACAGCAUAAUACCAUUCACACAGGUCUGAAACCAUAUAAAUGUACUGAAUGCAAUAAGUGUUUCACACGGCUAGGCAGUCUUCGACAGCAUCUUGUCAUUCACACAGGAGUGAAACCAUAUAAAUGUACUGAAUGCAGUAAGUCUUUCUCACACCUAAGUAAUCUUCGACAGCAUCUUGUCAUUCACACAGGAGUGAAACCAUAUAAAUGUACUGAAUGCAGUAAGUCUUUCACAUGUGCCAGUGCCCUGAAAAAACAUCAAGUCAGUCACACAGGAUUGAAACCAUAUAAAUGCUCCGAAUGCAGUAAGUGUUUCAGAUAUCCCGUCAAUCGUCGACAGCAUCUUGUCAUUCACACAGGACUGAAACCAUAUAUAUGUACUGAAUGUGGUAAGUCUUUUGUAUGGGCCAAUAGCCUAAAAAGUCAUCAAACCAUUCAUACUGGAGCAAAACCAUAUAAAUGUACUGAAUGCAAUAAGUGUUUCACACGGCUAGGCAGUCUUCGACAGCAUCUUGUCAUUCACACAGGACUGAAACCAUAUAAAUGUACUGAAUGCAAUAAGUGUUUCAGAGAUCGUAGCAGUUUUCGACGGCAUCUUGUCAUUCACACAAGACUGAAAUCACAUAUAUGUACCGAAUGUGGUAAGUCUUUUGCAUGGGCCAGUAGCCUAAAAAGUCAUCAAGCCAUUCAUAAUGGAGCAAAAGUCAUAGUGUAAAAAAAGGGGAAGAAUCUAAGU